AAAACAUAAGUGAGAAAAAAAAAACUCCACAGAAAUCAAAUCAGAAAAGAGAUGAUGAGGUUCAAGUCCAAGAGAUUUGGCAUUAGAUUUGGUUUUGGUAAAAGAACCAACAACAAAGGCACACAACAAGAUCAACAACAAAAAGGAUUUGGUAAUAACAACAAUAGUAGCAGCAGCAAUUAUGAGAUCAAAUGGGAACUCAGGCCAGGAGGUAUGCUUGUUCAAAAGAGACAAGAGAGCAUUGGUGAAGACUUGAUCUCCAUAAGAGUCUCUACUUUUGCUCAUUUUCAUGAUCUCUCCAUUGAAGCCACUUCCACCUUUGGAGAACUUAAGAUGGUACUAGCAUUGCUUACUGGUCUCGAGCCAAAACAACAACGGCUAUUAUUUAAAGGGAAAGAAAGAGAGGAUGAUGAAUAUCUACACAUGGUUGGUGUUGGAGAAAAAGACAAAGUCUUGUUGUUAGAAGAUCCUGCCUUCAAAGAGAAAAAGCUUCUUAACAACAUUUCCACUUCUUGCCCUACUAUAAUCGUAUAAACACCUAAACAAGUUUGUCAAAUUAAUUGUUUGUUAACUUCUUGGCGAAACAUAAAACCAGCCAAGAAUAAUAACUAGAUAGAAUUUUCAUGCACAAUGCACUAUCGAUUAUACAAAUUUUCCAUGUAGUCGUUCCAUUUCGAAGUUGUAAAACUAAUAUGUUUACAUGUUGUAAUAUAUUUGUCAGAGUGUUACGUACUUUGAUCAUUUUCUUUUA